AUGCAUUUUCGUCAUAUAGUUGCCGGCCUGGCGGCCUGCCUUCCUACCAUUACUGCCUCUUCGCUUUCCGUCCCUGUGAUUAGCACUCACUAUGGUACAAUCCACGGUGCUGUCUCUCCAUUCCGCGGUGGGGAUACAGCCUACGUCUACAAGGGCAUUCCCUACGCCCAGCCCCCGACCGGUGCGAAUCGCUGGACCAAGGUAUCCGGCCCGAGCUACUGGGGUGCCCUUAAUGCCACUGAGUUUGGACCUCAAUGUGCGCAGACAAUUAGUGACGCGGGGAUUUUCUCCAGCGGCAAAAACACCACUAGCGAAGAUUGUCUGUACAUGAACAUUUGGACACCUGCGUACAAGGAGGGUACCAAUCUCACCACCCUUAAUCUGCCCGUUCUUUUCUGGAUCUACGGUGGACGCUUCACCGGUGGCUCUGGGGAUGUCAUUACCUACGAUGGAACUGGCUUGGCGGCAAAGGAUAUCAUUGUCGUGACUAUCAACUACCGUCUUGGUCCUUUUGGAUUCCUGGCACACCCCGAGCUUGCUGCUGAAACGGACAAUGACACCUCUGGAAACUACGGUAUCAUGGACCAACAGGCCGCGCUGCAUUGGGUCAAUGAGAACAUUCAGAAGUUUGGUGGUAACCCUGAUCAGAUCACUGUUGGUGGACAGUCUGCUGGCUCUGCUAGUGCAUUGGAUGUUAUGUGGUCACCCUUGGCCAAGGGCCUAGCCGAAGGUAUCAUCUCUGAGAGUGGUGCUCGGGGAACGCAUGAUCCUAUGACUGGGACGGCUGCUACCAGCUACCGCACUAGAGCCGCCGCAGAAGCUCAAGGUGUCAAGUUCUUGAAGGAGAUGAAUGUCUCGUCGAUUGCUGAGUUACGGAAUGUUUCUAUGGAUGCUCUUCUCGAAUAUGACUCGCUGAGUGAUACUAUCUUUGAGGGCACCCCAUUCAGCAACAUCUCCGAUUGCUUUGCGGAACCACCUUUGUGGCGACCUAAUAUCGAUGGUUAUGUCUUCACGUCGUCUUACGGCGAGUCACUACGCAACAACUCGCACAUGGAUAUCCCGAUUCUCACCGGGAACAACAAGGAUGAGUCCGGCGCUAGCCCGGAUCUCUCUUACAAUGCUACUGAGUACCACGAUCUCUACGGCAAUCUGUUUGGUAAACUCGCGAAUGAGUUCUUCGAGCUGUACCCUGGUCAAAACACCUCCCAGGCUUCCGAGAGUGCUAAGGAGUUCUACCGAGAUCUCAGCCGUGUCGGCACCUGGCGCUGGUCAGUUGAUUGGGCCGCUGGAGGUGCCAAGAGUAACGUUUACACUUACUACUUCGACCACGCGCCCGCUGAGAAUCGUGAUGAAGGUGCUUACCAUGGGUCUGAGCUCUGGUAUGCGUUUAACAACAUUCCCUACGCUGACUACUCCAACGUGACCUGGACCGCGUAUGAUCUUGUCGUGGAGGAGAAGAUGUCAAACUACUGGGCUAACUUUAUUCGGAGUGGAAACCCCAACGGAGACAGUCAGGCUAUGUUCAAGCCCUCCACUAACGCAUCCCAUGAGACUAUGUGGCUGGGUAACUCUUGGGGUAUGGGACCCAUUUCGAUGGAUGAGCGUCGCAUCAAGUUCCUCCACAAGUGGACUUCAACUUUGCCCGAGUGGUAA